UAGUAACGACGUCGGGCGCGGUGACGUCACCCCGUCCUUUCCGCCGCUCUUUUCCUUGGUAACCGCCCAGGCCAGCGGCAUCUCCUCUGUUCUCUUCCGGACAACAACAAUGGCGGAUACCGCGGAGCCCUCAUCCCCCGUGUCAGGCGAGGCCCCUCCGCUGCCCGGGACCGACGGCUCCCAGCGGCUCCUCUUCUCGCACGAUCUGGUCUUCGGGUCGUACAGGGGCCAGAGCCGGUUCGGCCUGGUGAGGCUCAUGCACGGGGAGGACUCGGAGAGCGAGGAUGAAGAGGUGGAUGCCGAGGAAGAGGAGGCCGGCGGGGGCCGGAGGAAGGGAGGAGGAGCUGGCGGGGGAGAACAGGGGAGUCCCGGAUCCGAUACCGCCGGGGAGGCCAGCAGGUUCGGGCCCCUGAAGAGAGGCUACGUGCGGGUGCAGUGGUACCCAGAGGGCAUCCGACAGGACGUCAAGGAGACCAAGCUUAAACUGGAGGACCGGUCCUUGGUGCCCCGGGAUGUUGUACAUCGCAUGAGUUCAAAGGACAGUCAGUGUGGCACAGUCAUCGACGUGAACAUAGACUGCAUGGUGAAAGUCGUAGGGACGUCCUGUUUUCUGAAUCCAGUCAACAGCAAGGACCUGCAGCACAUAUGGCCCAUCAUGUAUGGAGAUUACAUUGCCUAUGACUGCUGGCUGGGCAAAGUCUAUGACCUUAAAAACCAAGUUAUCCUAAAGCUUUCUAAUGGAGCCAGGUGCUCUAUGGGCACAGAAGAUGCUUCUAAACUGUACGAUGUCUGUCCCCACGCCAGUGACUCGGGCCUGUUUUUUGAUGACUCUUAUGGCUUCUACCCGGGCCAAGUGCUUAUUGGUCCAUCCAAAGUUUUUUCAAACGUUCAGUGGCUUUCCGGCGUGAAACCGGUGCUGAGCGCCAAGAGCAAAUUCCGCGUAGGCGUUGAAGAGGUGCAAGUAACAGAGCUGAGAGUAACCUGGAUUACAAAAAGCUUUUGUCUUGGGGGUACAGAUUCUAUGGACCCUCCAUCCUCUGUUAUAACUCAAGAAAACUUGCACAAGGUGAAGAGGCUCGGCUCCUUUGACCACACGCAGCGCCAGUUGGGGGAGCGUUGUCUGUACAUCUUUCCAACCAUGGUGGAACCCACUAAAAUCUUAUGUGAAAGCUUGGAGAAGAAUUGUCUUCUUGGGGAGGUGACUGGUUCAAAAAAGCAAACAGAAAGGUUGCGGGAGAAGCAAAUCAUGAAGAUUAUCCAAUGUGCACAGGAGCCAAGCAAUUCAGCGGAGCUACUUAAAAAAAACUUUAAUGCCGAACUCGGCGAGAAUGUACUGAAAGGUGCCCCGCGAGAUGAGGGGGAUAAGGAACCAAGGAAAACCCCAAAUUCUGAAGAAUGUCCUACGCAGGAUCAGUUGCUGGGAAAUGUCCGUGAGAUGUUUCAGGAUCUGCCGCUUCAGCCCGGGGAGCAGGACGCCGACGAUGAGGCAGCAGAAGACACCGAUGACACUUGUUCCGUCACCUCAUCUGCGAGUUCAACAACCUCCUCAAAAAGUGGCAGCGGGCCUGGACGUAAGAAGAGUAUUCCGCUCUCCAUACGGAACCUGAAGAGAAAGCACAAAAAGAAAAAGAAGAGCAAGGUGUACAGAGAAUUUAAAGCCGGGGACAGGGUGGCUGUUGAAAUCAUCACCACUGUGACCACAGCAGACGUCUUAUGGCAAGACGGAACCGUAGAAACCAACAUUCGCUCCAAUGAGCUGCUCCCUAUUCAGCAUUUAGACAACAAUGAGUUCUGUCCGGGAGAUUUCGUGGUGGAUAAAAGAGCACACGCUUUGCAGGAUCCAAGCAUAUAUGGCGUGGUUCAGUACGGAGAUCAUAGGGGGCGUACGUGUGCAGUCAAGUGGAUCAAGUUGAAUUCCUCAGGGACUGACGUUGAGAUUGUUGGUGAAGAAGAUGACGUUAGUGUCUAUGACAUUGCUGACCAUCCAGACUUCCGCUUCCGAGCUACAGAUAUCGUGAUUCGCAUCGGAAGCUCAGACCCUAAUUUUGCUGCCGAUGGCAGUCAGCCUUCAGUCGGGCAAGUUGCCCGUGUAGAUAUCAGUAGUAAAGUAGAAGUGAUUUGGGCCGACAAUUCCAGGACCAUUGUCCUUCCACAGCAUUUAUACAAUGUAGAGUCGGAGCUGGAGGAAUCUUUCUAUGACUCUGUGGACAGCAGCACUAGCGGCGCCUCCUCUGAUGAGUGGGAAGAUGACAGUGAUAGUUGGGAGACCGACAAUGGCCUGACAGAGAACGAACACUCGCGUGUAGGUUUGGACGGAGCAGAGGAAGCACAAAGUGCAAGCGCGUCCGCAGAGGUGGCUCCACAAACGGAGAUGGAUGAUGCACAGCCCAGUACUGCGGCAGGCGCUGUAGGGCCCCCUGGGCUUGUAGUCAAAGUCAAUGAGAAGGAAGGGAUGAUCAAGAGCUUCAAGGAGUUAAAGGAGGCUAUUAAGAUACUGGAAAGCUUGAAAAACAUGACUGUGGAGCAGCUGCUGACUGGUUCACCGACCUCCCCCAUCGCUGAGCCGGAGAAGUUUACCAGAGAGAAGAAAUUCCUGGACGACAUCAAGAAGUUACAGGAAAAUCUGAAGAAGACACUUGACAAUGUGGCCAUUGCAGAGGAAGAGAAGAUGGAAUCUGCGCCGGAGGCAGAAAAAGAUGAUAAAGCUGAAGCCCAGACCCCGGUCCGGUCAGAGUGGCCUAGUGACACCCCUGUCCUGUGCCAGCAAUGUGGGGGCAAACCGGGCGUCAUCUUCACAAGUGCUAAAGGAGAAGUCUUCUCUGUGCUAGAAAGUGCACCAGAGAGCCAUGCUUUCAAGAAGCUGGAGUUCCAGGCACCAGAAGCAAAGAAGUUUUUCAGCACCGUACGCAAAGAAAUGGCUUUACUUGCCACAUCCCUUCCUGAUGGCAUCAUGGUGAAGACUUUUGAAGACAGAAUGGACCUUUUUUCUGCCUUCAUAAAAGGUCCUACGCGUACCCCGUAUGAGGACGGCCUGUUCUUGUUUGACAUACAGCUGCCCAACAUCUAUCCUGCUGUGCCGCCACUUUUCCGCUAUCUGUCCCAGUGCAGCGGACGGCUAAAUCCGAAUCUCUACGACAAUGGGAAAGUGUGUGUCAGUCUGCUGGGCACCUGGAUCGGGAAGGGUACAGAGAGAUGGACAAGCAAGUCCAGUCUUCUUCAGGUUCUCAUAUCCAUUCAAGGUCUCAUCUUGGUAAAUGAGCCCUACUACAAUGAAGCUGGCUUUGAUAGCGACCGCGGGCUGCAAGAAGGCUACGAGAACAGCCGCUGCUACAACGAGAUGGCUCUGAUCCGCGUGGUCCAGUCGAUGACGCAGAUGUUGAGGAGACCGGUGGAAGUCUUCCAGCAGGAGAUCAUGGAGCACUUUCAAGGCAGCGGCUGGCGUUUGGCUCACAGGAUAGAAACUUGGCUCGAAACCAACUUGAUGGUAGAAAAGAGCGGCGAGCUGCCGAACGGUCAGGAACACCCCUGUAUAGUACCCUACAGUCCCACUGAACCGGAAAGCACUCCAGAGCCUACGUUAACUUCUAAGGACCUGGACGAUUCGGGAUGUGGAGCUUCCGUUUCGCCUGGAGAAGCUCCACAUUAUUCUGACUUGGAUAAUCUAGGCAAGGGGGUGUCGGUGAGUAACACCAGCAGCCCUGCCGAAGAGCCACGAGGAGCAACCGGAGGGAUGCAGCCGAGCGUAAAACCAAAGAAACGCCGAAAGAGCUACCGUAGUUUUCUGCCUGACAAACGGGGCUACCCCGACAUCGGCUUCCCCUUGUUCCCCCUAUCGAAGGGCUUCAUCAAAAGCAUCCAGGGUGUCCUAGGGCAAUACAAGGCUGCACUCUUGGAAGCUGGCCUCAUGGAGCCCCGUGCAGGCAGACUGACAUUACCAUUGUAGAAGUGACGGGACUUGGCGCGCAGGCUUUUUUUCCCCCCUGCCGCCUCCACACACUUCACCAUAUACACUUUUUCUCCCCCCUAUCCUUUUCACUGCCAUGCAAGGCCCAAAGUAAAAAGGUCUGGGGUGUAAUGUAAGACUCCAAAACUUCUUCAGGGUCUCCUGUACAAUGUCGAGACCAAAUAAGAUUGUAACCUUAUUAAUAAUGGCUGAAAUGUUGCUGUAUGCUCUGCUGUUCUCUUUAAUUUACUCUGUCCAGUUAACCUGCUCCUGGCGUAACGUCUUGGGGCUGCCUUGCUGCUAAGGGGCAGAGAAAUGUACCAUUAUUGCUCGUGGAAGAUCACUUAUCCUCUGCAUCUAGUCUCCACCCUGACCCUACAUAUGGGUAGAAGACUUUUUACCUCCUCGUCUGCCAGUAACCUCUUUAUCGAUAGUCCUAUAAACUACUGAAUGUGAGCCGGGAGGUAUUGUUAUGGUAUUUGGGUAAGGGUCUUCUUCAGGAAUGUCUAACAUAGAGCUUAAACCAUUACCGUGUUUUUUUUAAAUUUUAUUUUGCAGUAUCACAAGCUUUGCUUUACUGUAGGGGCAAGAGACAGGCACUGCAUAGAGGACAGGUAAAAGCAACUACAAUAGGCCUUAUAUAAAGUCUUUGUAGGGUUGUAGAGUAUCACGAAUAGUCUGACUAAUAGUAUUUAUUGCCAACCUACACGAUAGGGGAUUAAAUGAGUGAUCGAUGGAGUGCCCCAUGUGAACGGACCUGUAAUGUGCAUGCAUGGUUACCACUCCAUUCACUGCUCUGUUCACAUUGGGCACCCUGAAACUUACAACCUUGAUCAUGUGGGGUCCUAGUGGUCCGACCUCUGGCGGUCAAAUCACCUGUCCCAGUGUGAAUGUACCUAUAAUGUGCAUGCAAGAGCACUUACUGCUCCAUUCACAUUGGGCCCCCUGGAACUUCCAUUCCUGAUCACUAGGGUUCCAAUGGUCGGACUUCCUGCAAUCACACACUAACUACCUAACCUCCCGCAAAGUGCCUCCAGAUGUUGCAAAACUACAAUAUACAGACUUAAGUUUGUAGCCAUACUGAUUAGAAUACCAUCACUGAAAUGAUUUCUUAAUAACCUUGCAGAAAGAGAGGGGGUGUGUGGUGUCUGAUCACUGCACCUGGUCAUCUAAUUAGGCUGCUGGAGUUCUAAUUACUAAUUAGUUUUCCUAACCAGAGUGCCAGUAGCUGUUGCAAAACUACAACUCCCAGCAUGCCCGGACAGCCGAAGGCUGUCCGGGCAUGCUGGGAGUUGUAGUUUUGCAACAGCUGGAGGCACCCUGGUUGGGAAACACUGAUAUAACAAACCUCCAGAUACCCAUUGUCUUUUAAGGGGCCCCCUCUUGUCAUCCGACUUUUUCACAAUCCAGAAUGUUCAUUCUACUACCAAAAUGCACCCCCCUUUCCCUUAUUUUGCUACACUACUAGACACGGGAAAGCUGAGUGAAACAUUUAACCGCGAAAUAAGAAAGCGGGAACAUUCAGCACUGACCUUAACCCCACUGUCGCACUCGGGUUUAUGCCGCCAUAGUGCUUUUAGCCUCAUCAGAGGGUCACUUAUCUACACAAGGCCACGAGGUGGGCAUGCUGGGAGUUGUAGUUUUUCAACAGCUGGAGGCACCCUGGUUGGGAAACACUGAUAUAGCGAACCUCCAGAUACCCAUUGACUUUUAUGGGGCCCCUCUUGUCAUCACAAUCCAGAAUGUUCCUUCUAUUACCAAAAUGCACCCCCCUUUCCCUUAUUUUGCUACAGAAUUAGACACGGGAAAGCUGGGUGAAACAUUUAACUACGAAAUUAGAAAACGGGAACAUUCAGCGCUGACCUUAACCCCACUGUCGCGCUCGUGUUUAUGCCGCCAUAGUGCCCAAGAAGUGUUUAGCCUCGUCAGAGGGUCACUUAUCUACACAAGGCCACGAGGUGGGCAUGCUGGGAGUUGUAGUUGGGAAACACUGACCUAUCCUGUGUAGAAGUGAUAAAUGCGAUUAGUUGGUCAAGCAAAUAAAUCGCGACCAUAUAUAGGACCAUCCAGGUACCGAGCUUUAUCUUCUAUUGCUGCAUAUUAUAGGCCCCAAUCGAUGCCUGUGGCCACAAUAAGUGGUGUCGGACUUGACCCCAUUAGCCAAUGCUAGUGAAUGGCUUAAUCGGUAAAUGACGGGGGCUGUUAAGUAUUUCGGGGAGUGUGCCGGAGCCGGUCCUUUGUAUCAGCCGGUCCUAGAAUCUGUUACAAUGUUCUGAUAAGAGUUAAUGAAUUGUUACAAAUAAAGGAUGUAAUCGGAGGAUGGGAUCCCUGUUUUUAAGCUGCAUACUUGUAAAGGUUACAAUAUUAAACCACUGCCAUGAAAAUGAGAGCGUGCAGGUCAGAGUGUCCCUUUAAAGUAGACCUGUCCAUGCUUUUAAGGGUAUAAAUUAAAGGGGUACUCCACUGGAAAACAAAUAAAUCAACUGGUGCCAGAAAGUUAAACAGAUGUGUAAAUUACUUCUGUUUAAAAAUAUUAAUCCUUCCAGGACUUAUUUGCUGCUGUAUACUCCACAGGAAGGUCUUUUCUUCUUGAAUUUAUUUUCUGUCUGACCACAGUGCUCUCUGCUGACACCUCUGUCCAUGUCAGGAACUGUCCAGAGAAGCAAAUCCCCACAGCAAACCUCUCAGAACAGUUCCUGACACGGACAGAGGUGUCAGCAGAGAGCACUGUGAUCAGACAGAAAAGAAAUGUGGAUCAUACAGCAGUUAAGUACUGGAAGGAUUAAAGGGGUUAUCCAG